AUGGAUAUCGGAUCACAAACAACAGGAACCAGGAAUCCUCAGACCAGCAAAGUCAGUGUGGGGAAUGAAAGCCCUUCUGCCAACAACGAGAGCAACACAAAUAAAGAUAGAAAUAGAAAUAGAAACAAAAAUAGAAACAGAAACAGAAACAGAAACAAAGAUAGCAAGAAAGAAGAUAAUCCUGAUUCUGUAAGGGUGAAUCAGGAAGGACAAACGGGAAAACUGCAAACGAAAAACCGAAAACGAAAAGACAACAAUGAAACUAAUAAAAAGAAAACCUUAGAACACCCAAAGGAAAUGAACGAGGAUAAGCAAAAACAAAUUGCGAAGAGGCAAGACGAGAUCGAUCAGUGUAUUUAUAUCCUACCUGGUUUUAGGCUAUUCAAAAAAGGCAGACAUAUCACCUCUUUUGGCUACCGAAUACAUUUUAUGACAGAUUCUGGUAAGGUUUCCCAAGACGUCUUGAUUAAUAUACCUUUAGAAUAUCCAAAUGUGCCGAUCAAGUUAUCAAUGAGAAAUAACGAAAGCGAUUCUUCUUACAUGGAAACUGUGAUAACGAAUUUCAACUGGAAAGCUCGCGAAUUGACCAAGAAAAAUUGGAGGAUCCCGUCUCAAAUAAAUUUUCUGGUUAGCGAGCUUGAGCUGUUGAAGCAGGCGAAUUUUAAACAAAUUGAUAAACUACGUAAUAGCUUUUACAAAACAGUAUAA